AUGGACUCGGCAAGCCCUAAGAUGUUCAAACACAAAGGGAAGAACUUUCUAGUGCACGAGGGGUUAACCCCCCAAGACCUUGAUUCUUUGCUGGAUAUAGAUGUCCGUCCUACUGAUAUCUAUUUGGUCGCAUACCCAAAGUCAGGCACGACAUGGAUGCAGCAGAUUCUUAUGAAGAUCGUGGAUGCUGCACAUCCUGACCAGGUGGAAGAUGCCACAAAUAGGGAGCGUUUUCCCAUGCUGGAGGGCGACAUCGGAUCCAGCGCUCGUCGAGACAGGCCAGAUCCCCGGCUGUGCCGCACACACCUCCCCCCUUAUAUGAUCCCCCGUGGAGUGCAGUCCAAGGGAGCAAAGGUUGUGUAUGUGAUGAGAAACCCGAAAGAUGUCCUGGUGUCCUUCUAUCACUUUGCUGCAAGUUUUGUCAUGAUGGAAACACCAAAGAGCUUUGAGGAUUUCUUUCAGGACUUCAUGGACGGCAAUGUUGGUAUGGCCUCAUGGUUUGAUCAUAUAAGAGAAUAUUACGAUGUAAAAGACCAGAUCGACGUCCAUUUUGUCAAGUACGAGGACAUGUUGAAGGACCUCAGAACGGAAGUUGUGAAGCUUUGUGCUUUUCUGGGAAAAGAUUUGACUGAUGAAGCCAUCGAUGAUGUUGUGGAGAGUUCUAUCUUUAAAAACAUGAAGAAGAACCCCAAGGCUAACUACAAGGACUUAGUUGCAAAUAAACGCUACACAAAGGCUACCAUGCGCAAAGGUAUGGCAGGUGACUGGAAGAAUCACUUCACAGUGGCCCAGAAUGAUUAUUUUGACCGAGUGUUCGCAGAGAGGAUGAGGGACCUGCCUCUGAGCUUCACCUGGGAGCUCAAAAAGUAA